ACCAUUUUGAAGUAUCAUUCCCGUUGUUGUAUUUUCACACUUUUGUGUUAGUUUAAUUCUUUAGAAACAAUGGGCUUUGCAACUGUGAUUGAAAAUGAAGCACAUUUCCAAUCCGAAAUGGCGAACGCAGGCACAAAGCUUGUCGUUGUCGAUUUCACAGCAACUUGGUGUCCGCCGUGCCAGCGGAUCGCGCCGUUCUUCGAACAGCUUCCUGCUAAAUUCCCGCGGGCGGUUUUUCUGAAAGUGGACGUAGACAGAUGCGCGGACACGGCCAGCGCUCAGGGCAUUAGUGCAAUGCCUACAUUCAUAUUUUAUAAAAACAGGACAAGGAUUGAUCGACUGCAGGGUGCCGACCCAGCUUCUCUAGAAAGUAAAGUGAGACAGUAUUACGGUACUGAAGACGCUGGCGAAGAAGAUAAUGCUGUUGCUGGUCAUAUGGACUUGGCAACUUUUAUAACAAAGAGUGAAUGUGAGAGCUUGAAUGAGGCUGAUGACCACCCGUUGGCACAUGCUUUGACCAGUGGUGGCGGGUAUCUUGCCAGUGACUGUGACGAGCAGCUCAUCAUCAAUAUCACUUUUAAUCAGUUGGUAAAGCUUCACUCAUUAAAAAUCAAAGCGCCAACAGACAAAGGCCCCAAGACUGUGAAACUGUUCAUCAACCAACCUAGAACCCUGGACUUUGACCAAGCAUCUGGCAACUCUUCUGUUCAGGAACUGGAGCUAUCUCCAAAUGAUUUGGAAGGCACCCCUGUCCCACUCAAAUUCGUAAAGUUUCAGAAUGUUCAGAACAUUCAAUUGUUUAUUAAAGACAAUCAAUCUGGAGGUGAAGUGACACAGAUUGACCAUUUGGCCUUCUACGGGUCUCCAAUCUCCACCACCAAUAUGGGAGAGUUCAAACGCAUUGCUGGCAAAAAGGGCGAAAGUCAUUAGCUCAAGAAGGUACUGGAUUCUGUGGGUAGUUUUGAUUUUCCACUGUGUUGAGUGCCACAAUAAAUAUGCACUUUAAUCUCAAGCAGAAAUAAAUUAAUGUCUCCUAGUUGAAUGUACUCAUAAUCACAAUUUUAUAUGUACUCGUAAUCUUCAUAGUGUGUUCAACCAUGUCUUCUAUGUGUAUGUAACACUUAUAAGCAACUGUGAAUAGAAUUACAUAAAGCAAAACUAUCUGCAUGUAUCCUAAGAUAGGCAGUUUAU